CUAGGAUUCAGUGUAGACUCAAGUGAAUGUUUUAAGUCGGAAGCCUAUCCCAGUUAUUAGUCAAGCUCUGAAUCUAUCGGUAGCCUACUAGACUCUAGAUCUAGUACUAUAGUACUAUACUAACUAUUGCGAACAGUGGAUUCAUCAUGAAUAGGUGUUUAUUUUUCUUGUGCCUUCUUGUGAUAAUGGGUGAAGCAUAUUCAAGAAAAAAACGAGCCCAAGAUCAGUGUGUAUGCAGCAACACAGAAAGCUGCAAACAUCCAAAAAAAGAUCUGGGAAUCAAUCAAGAGAUUUAUGGAUUUACCUAUGAAUCAACCAAAGUUGAGUUAUGGAGUUGGGAUACAUUAACAACAUUGAUAGUGCCAUCCUCUUUCAAUCCGAGCAACAGAUCACAUUACAAUACUAAAUGUGUUGCACAUGAUAAGGGGAGAAAAUUUGGUUUUACAGUGGAUUUUAAUCUGUCUGGUUCAAUUAAUAGUACUUCAACUGAUGCAAUCAGUUGGAGUUCACUUGCUUUUAAAAAAUGGGAAGAAUGGAAUGCUGAAGUAAUGGUAGUAAAUCUUCUGCCAUACUUCCAUUCUGAUAACUCAAGCACAAAGGAGGAUCAUAUGGUUUUAGUUCAAAUCCUACAUAAUUUAAAAAGUCAAAUGAUUCAAGCUCAAAACAUCACAAUAACGCUGGCAUGUAUAUUACCAUGGAAACCCCCUUGUACUGAAGAUGAUGAGACCUGCUACUUUACUUCUCAUGCAGCGGAUGUUUGUGACGUUAUUAUCCUAAACCCUGAUAGUUUUACAGAUCUUGAUGGCGCCAAAUGCAGGGCACGAGCUACAAUUCCAUUUUCUAAACUCUUUUAUAGCAUAAGUGAUUAUAACUCACACCAUGUUGCCAACAACAGAAUAAUCUUAGGGGUUCCAUGGCAUGGAUAUGACUAUAAAUGUUCUGAAGCUCCAAAAAAUGACAUAUGCACCCCUGUAUUAGGUGAAACAUGCCUUCUCAGUGAAAGAGAGCGCUUGACCUAUGGUGAUAUAGUAUCCAACUUUUCAGCCCACUAUGCCAAACAUGAUUUUAGUGAGAUGUACAUGGCCCCAUAUUUCACAUACAAUGCCGGUGCAGAAUAUCACCAGGUUUGGUUUGAAGAUGACCGCAGUCUGGUUGCAAAGUACAGGCUUGUCAAAGAAUUCCAACUGAGAGGUAUAGCCCUUAUGUAUGGGGAUGAUUUGUCACCUCAUACAUCAAUCAACAUAUUAAACAAUGACCUGUUCAUGUGGUCUUGGCUGUCACAUGAAUUACUUCUACAUAAAAGUCAACAAUCAUCUAAUGGUAUCCAGUGUGCAGAGACUGUAGCUGGUGCAGCUGUUGGUUGUCUUCUCUUGGGGACUUUGUUAGGAGUUACUUUCACUUGCCUGGCAUUGAGGAAUAAAGUUAGAAAACCCAAAGCACCAUUUUCUCGAGAUCGAAAUGGGGCAGUGGAAGAGUUUGUUGAUGAAGAUCCCAACUUAUAAAUUUUAGUGUCUACAUCUUUAGCUACUUAACUCUUUACAGUCCUAUGUUCCUGCUAUAGCCCGUAAAUUUUCUUUAGUGGCACAGUCCGAUGCAUCCAUAUUUGCCUAAACUAUGUACAAUACAUUUAUAUCAAUGUAAUAAUAAAAGUCUUAAGUGGUUACAAGAUUUUAAAAAUAAUGGCAGGAGCAGGAAAUAAUAACAUUUAUUUAUAAAUAUAUUUAUUCCUAGUAGCUUCAUUAGGCUAUUUAACCUCACUAAAAAAAAUUCAAACAUUUUCCAGUAUAAUACCUUUUGUUUUAUGUUUUUAACUUCCGUGGAUAUUUUAAAAUAGUUUCAUUUUAAAAAUGUGUCGUCUUUUCGCCGGCCAUAUGGGAAGUAAAACUGUAUAUUCUCUGGACUGUAAAGGGUUAAAUUUUUAUCUGUUCAGGAAUAUUUUUGGACUUGGAAGCAAAAAUGAGUAAGUUGUAUUAUAUUCUGUAUAUACAAACAUUCCAAAAAUGGCUUUUUUAAUUCAAAUAUUAGAUUACAAUAUUGUAUUUUGUAAAUUACUCAAAAAAAAUUAUUUUGGAAUAAGUUAACAUUGAUUAUUUAAAAUAAUAGUGAAGUUGACAUCUUUAUACUGUAUCUUGACUCAACUAUGAAUUUCUUUUUUUGUAACACACUUAAAACCUUUUUGAGAGAAUUUGCUAAAUAUGUCAUUCUUUAUUAUUUUUAAAGCUAAACUAUAUACAGUAGUAAGGGGUAAACUAACCAACAACCAUAAUUUAUAUACCAUGUUUAAAAAAUGUAAUCUUGGUAGUAAAAUGACCAUCGAUUUCCUUUUCCUAGACAUUCUAUGGUAAAAUAAUUAUUUAAUUAUUUUGACCUAUGAUUAUGAUAAAAUUCUUGCAUUUGAACUUUAAAAAAAAA